AUGGCUGAAGUGCUCCAAUAUAUCCGCAUGGCUUUCGAUACUGAAGAGGUCGUGGAUAGUGUGGAUCUCAGCGACUCCGCGAAUACUGGAGCGUGGCAUGCCUGGCAAAGCUAUCGCGCAAAGGUCCGUGGUGCACAGGUGUCACAAGGCUCUAGCGAUCGGUCUUCCAGUAUAGGUAGUCCGACCAGACAACAGCAACCCGGAGGAGCGCGACGUCCUGGCGAGUGGAAUUGGCAGGGCGUGUGGGAGGAGCGAGUUGCCAGAAGUAUUGUUGCAAGUACUGCCGAGCAUGCAUUAUACAGUGGAGAUGGAAACGGCAUGAUCAAUUUUGUGCGAAUGGAAGAAGAGUCGCUGAGUGGCAUGGCUUGA